AUGAGUGACCAGGACAUCACUUACACAACUGUGAGAUUUCAUAAGUCUUCAGGGUUGCAGAACCGAGUGAGACAUGAUGAGACUCAAGGAUCCAGAGAAGCUGGCUACAGAAAGUGUUCAGUCCCCUGGAAGCUCAUUGUGAUACCUCUCGGAAUCUUUUGUUCCCUUCUGCUGGUAACUGUCGCAGUGCUGGUGACACACAUUUUUCAGUAUCAUCAAGAAAAGCAUAAGCUGCAGGAAACUCUAAACAACCUCCAUUUUAAGUACAGCACCGUGCAAAAUGACAGCAUCUUAAAGGAAGAGAAGCUGACAAAUAAGUCUAGAGAGUGUAAUGCCCUCAAAGACCAGUUGGACUUCCUCGCCAGAGAAUGGAACAGAUGCUUUGGGAAAAUGAAGAUUAUUUUAGAUUGUUCACAGGACAGAGGCAAACGUGCUGAAGGACGCUGGUUCUGCUGUGGCAUAAAAUGUUAUUAUAUCAUCAUGGAAGAUAAAGAGUGGAGGGAAUGUAAACAGACCUGCCAGGAUUGCAGCUUAUCCCUCUUGAAGAUAGAUGACGACAGUGAAAGGAGGUUCCUUCAGCUCCAGCUUUCUUCAAAGAGUUACUGGAUUGGAUUCUCAUAUGAUUCAAUAAAGAAAUGGACAUGGAUUGACAAUGGCCCAUCCAAACUUGCCUUGAACAAACAUAGUUACCACAGUAAGAUCGGAGGAUGUGUAUUUUUAUCUAAAACAAGACUAGAGGUUGAGGAAUGUACAAAAUCCUACCCCUGCAUUUGUGAGAAGAGACUUGUUAAAUUCCAUGAUUCACUCUCUAAGAAUACUUAA